CUUGACCUCUGUCUUAUCUCUCUAUUCUCCUUUUUUCAUAAGAAACAAUAAUCUUGAACAAACAUCAUUACUCUUUUCAUUUUCUUAAUAUUUUUUUGAAAAUAUGGUGAAGUUUGUGGAGUGUACCAAUUGCCACACAACCUUACAACUCCCUAAUGGUGCUCAGUCAAUACGCUGCGCAGUCUGCUCCGCAGUGAUGACUGACACAACCGGACCUCGGAGGAGGACCCAAUUAUCAUCGUACAUGAAUAACUAUUUCCUUAUGUCCGGCCACGGGAGACCCGCGGCCGAACAGAGGAUUCAACCCCCUCCAGCUUUUGGCCGGAAGAGGGCUUUGAUUAUUGGAAUUACAUAUAAAAAAACUAAAUAUGAGCUCAAGGGAUGCAUCAAUGAUGCUAAAUGUAUGAAGUAUUUGCUUGUCAAUCGAUUCAAGUUUCCUCAAGAAUCUGUUAUCAUGCUCACUGAAGAAGAAAGAGAUUCACACAGAAUUCCAACUAUACAAAACAUAAGGCAGGCAAUUUACUGGCUUAUGCAAGGUGUUCAAGCAGGGGAUUCUCUGGUGUUCCAUUUUUCUGGUCAUGGCUUACAAAAAAGGAGCUACACUUCAGAUGAAAUUGAUGGUUAUGAUGAAACACUUUGCCCCUUGGACUAUGAAACAAAAGGAAUGAUUGUUGAUGAUGAACUAAAUGCAACACUUGUUAGGCCUCUUCCUCGCGGUGCUAAGCUUCACGCCAUCAUAGAUGCCUGUCACAGUGGUACUAUGCUAGAUUUACCAUUUUUUUGUAGGAUGGACAGAACUGGACGAUAUGUGUGGGAAGACCAUCGUCCUCGAUCAGGAGUAUGGAAAGGAACAAGUGGAGGAGAGGCUAUAUCUUUCAGUGGUUGUGAUGAUCAUCAAAAAUCAGCAGAUACAAAUAGUUUGUCUAAGGUCAUGUCAACUGGUGCAAUGACCUUCUCUUUCAUCCAAGCAAUUGAGCGCGGACAAGGAACUACUUAUGGAAGUAUUCUGAAUGCAAUCAGAUCUUCCAUCCGCAGUUCUGAUAGUGAUUUAGGAAGCAACAUCACCAGUUCUCUUCUCACAAUGCUAAUUACCGGGGGAAGCUCUGGCUUUGGGAUGAGACAGGAGCCCCAGUUGACUGCUAAUGAGCCAUUUGAUGUGUACACCAGAAAGUUUUCACUAUAACAUCUUAAGCAAUCUUACACACCUCCUGCUUUCAUAUAGUUUGGGUGCAUAGAUACCGAUUGAAGUUAUCGGAGAGAGAAAUAAAGUCUUACUAUCAAUUCCUUUUGAAUAAGGC